UAGAAAUUUGCUGCGCGAUCAGAAAAAGCUCACACUCAAAAUAAAGUAUGUCGAAGUCGUCCUUGUCCCCUCCGGAUACUUCGAAGGCCGUGCUAAAGAUCCCGAACUUGCUUUCGGGGCCUGAUUGCGCGGUCGAAGUAGUGCUUUCGCCGUCCUUGGUGCUCAAAAAUGUUAUGUCGGUAAAGGAACUGAAGGAACAGAUCGCGGCAACGUUUAAAGAGCAGAAAGCCCACGCAUCGCCGACCGGCCGCCCGGUGCAGUGUAUGCAUUGCAAAUAUGUCUGGGUCUGUAGAGUUGAUCGCGAUGCAAAUUUGCGAAGCAUAAGCAACCUCCGAUAUGGGGGCGCGCAUGACAAGUUUCUGAGCGACUAGGUCUAGCGCAAACUGCAUGAGAAACUGCGUUUUUGCAUUACAGAAACGAAAUAGCUAGGUAGCUCAACAUGCAUGUACAGAUCUCUCUUUCCUGUCAGUAGAGCAUAUAAAAGUCUAUGCAAUGUUCUUUCAGACCCAGACACGUUUGCAAUGCAUACAGUGGGAGCAGGUGCAAAUCGUGUUGGCCGACAGCGGUGAGACUCUGGCCAACGACCACGAGCUUCCAACGAAUUUGCUGGAAUUUCCCGACGACGUCGCGUACUUUGUGAAAACGUUCGAGGCCUUCGAGGACAAGCGCGCACUGAGCAAAGCGCUCAUGGUGAUCUGCAGCGAGGACUACUACCUGGAUGCGCAGGACAUGUUUGAUGAAGAUGACGAACAAGACCACUUUCGCACCCCGUCUGGGUUUGAUCCUGAAGAAGGACUACAGCAGAGCACGGGGGAGAUUCUGGCGCACGUCAUGGAGCAGACAACAGCUAAGGAGAUCGAAGGGCGGUACGGACCCCUGCGGAUUUGGGACUGCUCUCGCGUAGAAAGCCUGGCUUUGCUCUUCACUGAUUUCCUCACGUUCAAUCGGGAUAUCUCGGGCUGGGACGUUAGCGGUGCCUCCGAUUUCCAUGAUAUGUUUAGGGAGUGUUAUAAAUUCAACCAGCCCCUAGAUGCCUGGGACACGUCGAAGGCCGUGAACAUGAACAGGAUGUUUUCCCUGUGUACCGCCUUCAACCAGCCGUUGGGCUUGUGGGACACGGGGAAAGUCGAAGACAUGCGUGGUAUGUUCGAGUUGUGCGACGUCUUCAACCAGCCGCUGGACUCGUGGGACACCAGGAAUGUCGAGAACAUGGGUCGCAUGUUCUGUGAGUGCAAGGCUUUCAACCAGCCGCUGGGCUCGUGGGACACGGGGAGAGUCAAAAACAUGACUAGUGUCUUCGAGGGGUGCAAAGCCUUCAACCAGUCGUUGGGCUCGUGGGACACCAGGAAUGUGACAAGCGUGAGCAGCAUGUUCGUCGGGUGCACCGUCUUCAACCAGCCGCUGGGCUCGUGGGACACCAGGAAUGUAACAGAUAUACAGUGGAUGCUCUGCAAGUGCAACGCCUUCGCGCAGGACCUGAACUCGUGGGACUUGUCCAAGGUGAAGUCGUUUCAUGAUAGCGGAAAAGUUUUCGACGCCGCCUGCAAGAGUAUGCGUCCGGAGUUCGUCGCGUCCUGGCCACGGCGCCUGCAGAAAAAGUUGCCACAGCGCCUGCAGCAGACUGUGGAGGAAGCCGCUGCAGGAGCGGGUGCCAAGGGGAAGAAAAACUAACACGAAGGACAGCGAACCCGACGCACCGGUAACGCGCGCGAAGGCGCAUGCGGAGAAGACUACCCGGCCAAAAACAUGCCUCCGCUGGACCCUGGGAAAAUCAUUUUGCCCGGCGGUGGUGCGGCCGCCCGGGCGGCGAAGGCCUCCGCGGCCCAGCGAAAACGGUCCGAGACGAGUGCUUUGCUGGGGACCCACCUUCAACAAGGGCCAGGCGGGACAGCAGGAGCAGCAGCUUCUAUGCAAAUGCAAGUUGCUGUGGGUGAUCAUGUGCCUCCACAACUUGUUUCUGCAUGUGCGGGAACCUCUAAGCUACACUCGGGGAUGAAAAAACCGCCGCCAACGUCGGUGGGAAAUGCAAAUAAAGCAAGCAAAGCGGCGGGGGCCGCGGGUCGUGGGACUACAGGAAAGGCGAAGGCCAGCAAGGCGAAGGGGGCCGCAAAGCGAAAACCGCGGACGGCCGCUGACGACUUCAUCGUGGAAGAUGAUGCCUCGUCCAGUGAUUCUGAGGAACUGCGACGCAAACGGAGGAAGACAACCAGGGACCUGCUGGGCUGAGAUCCAGUCGAGAAUGAUCAUGGUUGUCGUCGCUGUGAAGUAUGGUGUGAACUGAAACUUCAAAUGAUUAUACCACUGCCUGUGCGUGAGCGUGUGCCUCUAGUUUAAAUUGUUGCAGGGUCGCUAUAAGUACUCCAUUUGGCGGAUUUUUUUUUGCCAAGAUGACGCACGUAAGAGUGUCAGUUGUCUUGUCCCUGUCACAUAUUCCCUGAAGGAUGUUGUUCUGUGUGAUAGAAAAGAUAGUGUUGAAUGAAUCCACACAAAAAGGACAGCCGCGUGCUUUUCUUAUUCUCAACAAUGUUGUCGUGACUCAAGAUAAACAUAAAGGUGAAGCGUAAUAAUCGAGGCUGUGUAGUUGACCUUAGACUUGCGGUUGCUUUUUCUCUUCUUGUAUGAGAGACUGGCAGGAGCCGGGCAGCGGCAGCUGCACAAAGCAGAAUGUACACUUCGCAAGAAAAAUUUGAAGAGUUCUGACAAGCGAAUUAGUAGGUAGAAACUUGUUGCGCGAUCUUUAGAAAAAGUUCACGCGAAAAAUAAAGUAUGUCGAAGUCGUCCCUGUCUCCUCCGGAGACUUCGAAGGCCGUACUAAAGAUCCCGAAUUUGCUUUCGGGACCUGAUUGCGCGGUGGAAGUGGUGCUUUCCCCGUCCCUGGUGCUCAAAAAGGUUAUUUCGGUGAAAGAAUUAAAGGAACAGAUUGCGGCAACUUUUAAAGAGCAGAAGGCCGGCGCAUCGCCGACCGGCCGCCCGGUGCAGUGGGAGCAAGUGCAAAUCGUGACCGACAGCGGCGAGAAUCUGGCUGACGACCACGAGCUUCCGACGAAUUUGCAGGAAUUUCCCGACGACGUCGCGUACUUCGUGAAAACGUUUGAGGCCUUCCAAGACAAGCGCACACUGCACAAAGCGCUCAUGGUGAUCUGCAGCGUGGACUACCACUGGGACAUGUUUCAUGAAGAUGACGAACAAGACCACUUUCGCACCCCGUCUGGGUUUGAUCCUGAGGAUGAGGAAAGACUCCGUGAUGAGGAGAUUCUGGCGCACGUGAUGGAGCAAACAACAGCGAAGGAGAUCGAAGGGCGGUACGGACCCCUGCGGAUUUGGGACUGCUCUCGCGUAGAAAGCUUGGCUUUGCUUUUCACUCAUUUCCCCACGUUCAAUCGGGAUAUCUCGGGCUGGGACGUUAGCGGUGCCUGCGAUUUCCAUGAUAUGUUUAGCAAUUGUGCUAAAUUCAACCAGCUCGUAGAUGCCUGGGACACGUCGAAGGCCGUAAACAUGAACGCAAUGUUUGCGGGGUGUGCCGCCUUCAACCAGCCGUUGGGCUCGUGGGACACGGGGAAAGUCAAAGACAUGCGUGAUAUGUUCGAGUUGUGCUACGCCUUCAACCAGCCGCUGGACUCGUGGGACACCAGGAAUGUCGAAGACAUGGGUGGCAUGUUCCGUUGGUGCAAGGCCUUCAACCAGCCGCUGGGCUCGUGGGACACGGGGAGAGUCAAAGACAUGAGUGGUGUCUUCGAGGGGUGCGAAGCCUUCAGCCAGUCGCUGGGCUCGUGGGACACCAGGAACGUGACAAGCAUGUUCUGCAUGUUCGUCGGGUGCACCGUCUUCAACCAGCCGCUGGGCUCGUGGGACACCAGGAAUGUAACAGAUAUGCAGUGGAUGCUCCGCAAGUGCAACGCCUUCGCGCAGGACCUGAACUCGUGGGACUUGUCCAAGGUGAAGGCGAGUGGUACGGCGUUUCAUGAUAGCGGAAAAGUUUUCGACGACGCCUGCAAGAGUAUGCGUCCGGAGUUCGUCGCUUCCUGGCCACUGCGCCUGCAGAAAAAGUUGCCAAAGCACCUGCAGCAGGCUGCGGAGGAAGCCGCUGCAGGAGCGGACGCCAAGGGGAAAAAAAACACGAAGGACAGCGAAGCCGACGCGCCGGUGACGGGCGGGAGCGCGCACGCGGAGAAGAAAGCCGGAAAGGCGAUGAAAAGCGCAGCGGCGAGCUGCAGCGGCUCCAACGCGAUGAAAAAGGUUGCUGUGUUAGAGAAGAGCAACAAGAAAACCUCCGUGAAGAUCCCGAGCGCCCUGUCCGGACCGGAGUGCGCGGUUGAAAUCGACCUACGGACGAUCUGCAACACCGCUGGCUCGCCCACCAUUACGGUGAAGGACGUGCAGCAGCUCAUCGCGAACGCGUUUCGGGCGCAGAAAGCCCACGUUUCCGCCUCGGGGCGGGAGGUGCAAUGGGAGCAAGUGCAACUGUUUGUCGACGAGAAGGAGGCAGGUCAGGUUCAGAACGAACAAGGAUAUCAAAUGCAAAUAUAAUGUCCUGGUCUGAAACAUUACCAUCUUGUGAUGCUGCCUCUGGAUGCGAGAAAAAUCUGUAUUGCGUGGGCAGCAACAGAACUUCAUUUCUUGCUACGCUGACGGGGCAUCUGGCAUGCGGGGCAAGCAUCAAUAAGCCUUCAGAAAACCUGUGAUGCUAGAGCACACACCACAAAGAUCAUUGCUCAUGCGAAAUGUCGUGCAUGACCACAAAGACAAACAGUGCGCUUAAGCAAACCCAGUCAUAUUUGCAAUUCAUAAAGGAGACCACCAAGCGACUCCUCCUGGCGUCCAACCCGCCGCGGGUAAGUGCCUUGUACACUCCGAUGCGCAUUUGCUGGACAGCAGUUCGAAGUUUCUUGCGGAAAAGCUCUCGUACUCCGUGAAGACGUUUGAACCCUUCGAAAACAAGCGCGCCUUGCACAAGGCACUCAUGGUCGUCUGCAGCGAGGAUUACCACACGGAACUCCUUAGCCCGUGCGGCAGCGGUGCGUUACAUACGAGUGAGUGGGGCACCGGGUUCGGAAUGGGUGAGUUUCACAUUUCGAAUCCGGACGGCGGAGCUUCCGAAGGCUGGCACACGCCGAGUGACUAUUAUGAAAAUGCGGACAACGACGACACCCCGAAGGUGCUCGCGAAGUUGAACCAGACCCGGGAAGAAAUCGAGCAGAUCUACGGCCCCCUGCGGAUUUGGGACUGCUCGAAAAUCGCAGACCUGGCGUUCCUUUUCAUGCACUUCCAUUCGUUCAAUCAGGACAUAAGCGGUUGGGAUGUCUCCGGAGCGACAGACUUUUCGCACAUAUUUUACACUUGCCAACUUUUCAACCAACCGCUGGAGUCCUGGAAUACCGCGAAGGCGACAACUAUGUCUGGCAUGUUCGAAGGUUGCAGUGCAUUUGCGCAGGAUUUGAACAAGUGGAAUGUCGCGAGAAUAAAAGACGCGAGCGAAAUGUUCACUGAUGCCUCCUCUAUGCGUCCGGAGUUCGUCGCGUCCUGGCCGCUGCACCUGCGGGAAAAGUUGCCGAAGCAUCUGCAGCAGACCAAGAAGCAGGCCGCUGCAGGAGCGGGCACCUCCAAGGGAAAGAAGAACACGAAGGACGGUGGGCCCGUGGCGGACGCGAAGGCCAAGAAGAAAGCCGGAAAGGCGAUGAAAAGCGCGGCGAUGAAGAACAGCAGCUCCAACGCGGUGAAGAAGGUUGUUGUGAAGAAGGGCAGCAAGAAAACCUCCAGGAAGAAAACCUCUACCACUACUACAUCUAGCCGAACUGCAACCACGAUGAAAAAGAUUGCGAAUAAGAAAAGCUCCGGCGGCUCCGGUUCAACCAAGCACGCGAAGACGGGCGUAGUGGCAAAGAAAGAGCAAACCGCUGCUGGUGUGAUGUCAUCAAAGGGAAUGAAAAAAACGAAGGUCGCUCUUGUCGGAUCUGCUGGUGCGACGGGCAAGCAAGGUACUAAAACUGCGAAGACAGCUGGGAACGGGAAGAUCAAGCAGCCUGCGAAAAAGACCGGGGGAAAAAGCAAAAGCACGUCGUAUGACUUGCUCAAACGUCACAGUCUCAAACGUUGCAAUAGAUUCUGGAAUUUGUGUUGCAUGAUGGGCAUGACAGACUCGCACAGCGUUCCACCUUUUGCAAUACAAAUUUCCCCAGAUUGAAAUUGUAGUGGGGUUUGGAGCUCCGGAACUUGAUGUCAUGCGCAACCCUAUGAGAGUUGGCUAGAUCAUGCUCAUCAUACAUGCAAGACAAGUCUCAGAUUCUAUUGUAACGUUUGAGAUUGUAACACCUGAGCGGGUUAUACGUCGAACGCCGGACGGAAGGGUGCUGGACAAAGGAAAAAGCGAGACUCUUCUUGAUUGAGCUGUAUGGCAUACUCUCUAAAGAUCUGUUUGCGCUGUAUACUAGGGCGGAAUUAUGGGAGUAAAAGUAUUUUUUUUUGAAAAUAAAAUCGAAAAUGAGAGCAGCAGCUCCUUUCCAGCGUUUAACGAUUUGCAAGUGUCGAAAUUAUCGGAUCUUGCUUGAAGAUGUCUACGGCUUUCGUCAUUUUUGAAGCAUCAGGAAGACGAGUACGCGGAGAAGGGACAUGGGCGAAACUACUUACUUCACAGAAUUUCUACGGAUACUUCUGAAAGAUGUUGGUGACACGAUAGUCGUCUCAU